AUGCUUGCCGCGUUCACACUUCCCGUCUACGUCUCUCAGUAUGUGGCUAUAAUUCUUGCCGCAGCCCUAUCUUUCGUAGUCAUCAUCGUCAUCCAGAGGAUCUACUUCCACCCGUACAGCAAAGUGCCCGGUCCGUUUUUCGCCAAAGUGACCAGCAUAUACUCGGCAUGGCACUCAUGGCGAGGCACCAUGCACCUUGACGUGCAACGGUGCCACCGCAAAUACGCAAUAUACGGCCACGGCGCGCCGUUCCGCAAAGCAAAAGGCUACGCCACCAUGAUCCCGACGGCCAACGGAUGGAGCACGAUGCCGUCCAUCGACAAGACGCUGCACCGCAACCUCCGCGCCGUGGUGAGGAGCGGCCUCGGUGCCGAUUUCCUCUCGCGCUUCGAGCCUGCCAUCCUGCGCCAUCUCAAGAUUUACUUUUGCCAGCUACGGCAACACCAGGACCGCGACGGCUGGACUCGCGCCGCCGACAUGAGAAAAUGGAAUCUCUACUUGGGCUUCGACACAAUGGCCGAUUUCGGGCUCGGCCUCAAGACCGACUUGCUGCGCAGCUCGGCGAGGGACUACAUCUUCCCGGCGCUGCACAUGCACGAGAAGAAGAUGGGCCUCUGGGAGCAGCUGCCGGCCCUCAGCAACAUGGGCAUCGGUCAGCUCGUGGGCGCCGUGCUGCCGCUGUUGUCGUCGCAGGCGCGCGCCUUUGCACGCUGGUACCGCGGCUUCAUGGAGCUCGCCAUCGCGACCAAUACGCACGAGAGCCACGGGAUAUUCGGGCCCGUCAUCCAGAGCGGGCAGGGGACGCUCAAGAGCAAGAGCGCGGGCCACAACCGCGAGCAGAUGGUGACGGAGGGCGCCUUCAGCACCUUUUCGUCGGCGGACGCGUACGGCAUCAUGCUGUCCGGGUUCUUGCACUACCUGUGCCACUGCCCGGCCGUCUACGAGACCCUGGCCGCCGACGUGCGCGCGCGGUACCGCCCCGGCGAGGACAUACGGUGGGACGCGGAGCUGGCGUCGAGCGCGUACCUGCGGGCCGUGAUCAACGAGGUACUGCGGCUGGUGCCGCCGGCCUGCGGCGUCCACUGGCGGGAGUGCGAGCGGGCCGGCUUCACGGUCGGGCCGGGGAGCGUGCCCAUGGAGGCGGGCAGCGACGUGGGCAUGAGCCUGUUCGCGCUGUUCCGCGACGGCCGGGUGUUUCGGGACCCGACGAGGUUCUGGCCGGAGCGCUGGAUCCCGGGCACGCUGCCGGAGGCGGAGCUGUGCUUGGCGCGGGCCGUGUUUGCGCCGUUUUUGUUGGGGCCGAGGAACUGCGCGGGGAGCCAUGUGGCGCUGAUGAUGGCCAGCGUGGCCUACGCUUACGUGCUGGUCAACUAUGACUUUUGCCUGGGGCAACCACAGGCGGCGGCGGGGUCGGCGGGGUCGGCGGGGUCGGCGGGCGAAGGCGCGAGUGCCGGGCCGGAGUUGAGCUUUGAAAGCCACUAUUCCAUUGCGAGCUGGGAGAGCGGUCCGUUUGUGCGGUUUAGAGCCAGGCAGGUGGGGACCUAG